AUGAGAGGCAACUACUUGUGCGCUCUGGCGCUGCUUGGCGUCUUAGCCAGCGCACAAGCCCAGCCCAAUGCAGCAGAUCAAACGCCAUCGGCUUUGCUGCCGCUUGAGGCACGCAGCGCAGAUCUUUCAGAAGAGGAGGAUGUCAUCUCCAAUAGCUAUGUGCUGCCCAAUCAAAUCUUCAACGAUGGCAAGCCUUAUUAUGCGCGUCAGGAUCCCGUAUCCGGACAAUUGGACUUUACAGCCAAAAAGCCCGCAGGCAUAGAGCCGGAAUUCAAUGAAGUCUUGGAUCCCAAAGAGAAAAUUGUGCUCAAUUCUGGCUCGACGCCAAAUAUACACGACUUUCUAAAUCUGCCUGUCAAAUAUUCGUCUAACAAAUUUGUUUAUCCCUUGGUAUCGAGUUCGUAUGCGAAUCUGAAAUAUCAAGGCAGCAACAAUAACUAUGUGACCAACAAGAAACCCACUGUGGUGCAAGCACCCAUAACGCCAGCGCCAGCAAGCUAUCAAAAUGCUUACACGCCGCCGCCAACAACAAAACUGGCAGCUGUGACGCCCACAACGGCGCAAAAUUAUUACAGCAAGCCGACGACGACGACAACAACAACAACCACAACCAGCGCUGCGCCCAAGUCAACAACAACAGCGAGCACAACAACAACAACAACGACGCGUCGUGUGCCACCGCCAACAACUGCGAGCACAACAACAACCACCAGACUGAGCACCACACGCAAGAAGUAUAUGCCAACUCGCAAAAAUUUCUUUAGCAGCACAGCCAAGCCCAGCACAACAAUUAGACAGUUGUCGCCCACAAGCAGCACAACGCCCAAGCCCACGCAAAGCAGCAGCAGCAGCAGCACGAGCAGCUUUACCACCCAUCAUCCCACGCCACAGGCUGCCAUUUUCCCCACUGAACCCACAACUAGCGCUAAAAUGUAUCUAACAACUACAACAAGCAGCAGACCCGCUAUACACUUUACGCAGGGUCCAGCGGUCAGCAGCAGCAGCACUUUAGCCACCAAGUUGCCGCAGCUAGACUCUGGUGAUAUUUAUCAUGCGCUGGGCAAGAAGAAAACGCAGCAGGAGCAGCAGCAGGAGCAACAGCUGUCGCAGCCUACACCACGACCGCCCAUGACGCUCAGCGAUAUAUUCAAUAGUCUAGCUGAAGAAGAAGCAGCUGUUGCCAGCAACUACAAGCCCAAUCUAAGCUUUGAUGCGCAGGGCAAUCUUGUGCAGCCCAUUUCACCUGGCAAGCCAGCGCCAUUUGCCGUGCAGAGCAGUCAAGCCAACAAGCCCGCCUUUGGAUCUGAGCAGCAGCUCAUUUCAGGCAGUCAGGAGAACUUUAGCAAUGAGUAUGUGAGCUAUCAAGUGCAGCAGCCGAAUGUUAUGCAAUAUAGACCAGUGCCUGGGCAAAUCAACAAUGUAGUCAUCUCGCCGGGACAGCAGUCGGCAUCGUUUGUCUUGGGCAGUCAACAGCAGGUGGGACAUCAUGGCAGCGUGCAGCAAGCGCCGCUGCUGCCCAAGGAACCCAAUGGCAUGCAGUAUGGACAGGUUAUCAAUGAAGACAUCAGCAAGAUACAGCGACCAACAGCAGCUGGCGAAUCCAGCGUUUAUAGAGAGCCUGCACCCGAAGCGCCAAGUCCAUAUCAACAGCUGCCGCUUGUGGGCUCCAGGCCAACCAAAACAGCUGCAUCCAAGCCUUCAACAAGCAAACCCAAUCUGCCGCUGGCUGCAGCGCAAACUCAACAACAGCUGCCCAUAGACAGCAGCCAGGAUACUAAGGAGCUGUUAGUGUCCAGCAACAUACGCUUUCCAUUGAAUGAUGAGCAGCCUAUGAAGUCUGCGCCACCUACAACGCCACAUAUCAAUGGACAUGCGCAGCCGCUGAGUCUGCAGCAGCUGCAGCAGUCCAACACUGUAGUGUUUCCCAAGCUAAGCGAGGAGGAGCAGCAGCCACAGCAGUCGGUGCAAAUACAGCAGCAUGAAGUCGUCAGUCUCAAUCAGCAUAAGCAGCAAUUGACCUUCCCUGCUGCUCAGCCCAGCGCCAAUGAGCGUCAGCCACCUUCGCAGGAAAUGGCGCCACCACCACGUUAUGCACCACAAGCUGCGCCAGUGCAGCGUCCCAAUGCUAAUCCCGCUUUCUACAAAGAUUUCGAUCGCAAGUCGCAGCUGGAGCAACGUUUGCCCAACAUCUUGCCACAGUUUCGUCCCAAUGCCAAAAUAUCCAGCGGUCAUCCUCAGCAGCAUCAAGGCAACAUGCGUCUGCCCGCACCAACAAUGCAACGUCCUUAUAAUCCAGCCACACCGCCGCAGUUUGCGCAUCGCAGACAAACUUUGUUGCAACAACAGCAGCAGCAGCAACAGCUGCCACAGCGUCGCUAUCCUAUGCAACCAGAUUACAUGGCUAACGAUGUGCAUCGUCGUAUUUAUCGUCCGGCGGACUCGCGUGCGCCGCAUUUGCGUAAUCGUCUGUACGCGCGUCAGCCCAAUGUGCCGCAGCAUGUGCUGGAGCGUCAUGCGCCGCUGCCACAGCAACAGCAACAGCCUGACAGCUAUAGACCCAUGCUGGCUGAAAGUAUCGAUGAUCUGAAUGAGGAGGAUCUAGUUAUAAACGAUCCACCACGCGCGCCCAACAAUGCGCGUCAGGAAGCUGCCGACAACAAACUGGAAGCUGUGGUAACGCUGCAAAUGCUGCAGUCGCAAAAGAAGCCACUCAGCUAUGCAGGCGCUGCAGAUGACACAGGCGCAGGUGAAAUUCAAGUAACCGAUGAUAAUGAUCCACAAGCAGCUUUGGCUGGCAAGCAGGACAAGCUGCUCGAACACUAUGCAGUGUAUCCGCUGAAGAAAACUGACAAUCAAAGUGCCAGCAGCGACAGCAAGGAAGUGGAUGGUCCUGCAGCAGCUUUGGAAUAUCAAAACACACCCUUCUCUGUUAUACGCGAUCAACCUCAAGAGCCCAUACUGAAAAACAAAAAGCCGCUAACACAGCAGCAACAAUUGAAGUCGCAACAGCAGCCCAAGCAAAAGUUUCCCUAUGCUAUAGAGAAACCAGAUCCCAGCUAUACGCAGCUGCAUGCUGUGCCUGGCAUGCCCAUAGCUCCACGCAUUAUCAACAGCGCCUUCAGCAGCGGCACUGAAGCGCCCAUUGCCUUUGCCUACACGCCCACCGAACCGAAUACAUUGCAACGCGUGGACAACGCUAAGUUGCCAACAAAACCAGCAGCAGCAGCAGCUGCUCCCACAUCAGAUGAUUUUGAUUUGCGUGGUCACAACUUUGAGAAAAACUUCCAAGCGCCUUUUGUGCCAAGUGUUAGCUUAGGCGCUGCCGGUCCCAGCGAUCCCGCUUUAAGCAACUGGAAAAUUGUUUCCAAUCAAGCCAACUAUGAAAAGAACGCAAUUAAUCGCGCUGAUGUGGACAUUGAUGAACAAAAGGCAACUGAAGCUAAUACAGAAAAGAACUUUGAGCUGGACAGUUUCCAGCCUCAAUUGUUGAGCGGCUUUAAGCCCAUCUAUCCACCAGACUACAAGCAGCUGGAGCAAGCGCCAGCGCCAGCUCAAGACAAGCCACAAGCCUUGGCGCUAACUGCAAGCUCAACAACUGUUGCUGCUGCAACAACAACAACCACAACAGCUACAACAAAAACACCCACCAUUCAGUCGAGCACUACUGUAGCCCAAGCUAAACCCACUGGCGCUGAAAAGAAAUCAACAUUUGAGACAAAUUUGGCAGCGCUGCUGUUUGGCGACGAUGAGGACUUGGAGAAUGGCGCACGUCAAGCGGCUGUGGUUAAACAGGAUAAAGUAUUAGCUGGCACAAUCAAUGUAGCGCGCAUGGGACCCAGAAGUUUGUUUAGAUAAAUACAAUAAAAAGUCUAGCAUGAUUUAGUCAGUAAGCCUUACACGAAUGCUAG